CAGAUCUACCCUUGGAUGAAAAGAGUGCAUUCCACCCAUGGUUCCAACGGAGUGGAUAGCAAGCGCACUCGAACCUCCUACACCAGACACCAGACCUUGGAACUCGAGAAAGAGUUUCAUUUCAAUCGCUACCUGACCAGACGCCGUCGCAUUGAGGUGGCCCACAUGCUGAACCUGACGGAGCGCCAGAUCAAAAUCUGGUUUCAGAACAGACGCAUGAAGUGGAAGAAGGACUACAAGAUCGCU